AUGAGCACCGAGUCCAAGGACAACGCCCCACAGUCACUGAAGGAGUUCUGGGACAAGACCAUCAUCCACUUCCAGGAGCGCACGGGCCAGAGACUCGAUGGCGUCUCCAGGAGCCUCGACGAUCUCCAAAAGACCCUCAAGGACCACUAUGACGACCGGCGUGACAGCGACGAUGUUUCCAAGGCAAAGGGGAUUGGAUUCCAGAUCAUCCACUGCAUCCAGCUGCUAGGUGGCAUUGCGGCCGAGGGUGCAUCGAUGGUAUUCGCCCCGGCAGGUCUCUGCUUCAACGCCUUGUCCUUUCUGCUCGACAUUCCCAAGAAAGUCCAUGAGUUCCACGGCGAGGUCGAUGCGAUCUUCGAGGAAGUUGGACCGGCGCUGGCCCAGUUCCGCAUCUACCAGCGGAUGGAAGCAAACACCCAGAUCGACGAGGCUCUGCGGAUGUCUAUAUUCGAGGUCAUGACGUGCUUCGUGGAUCUGUGCGCGGACUGCAUGGCCAUCCAUAAAGAGGGGCGAUGGAAAAGCUUCAGGCGCAGCGCCAAAAGGAUCCUCCUGGACGAUGGAUCGGUCAAGGAGGGCCUGGACAGAUUCAAAAAGCUCACCCAGAGUCAGCUCGAUAUCCAGGCAACCCUGACGCUUGAGGUGGCGCUGGAAACGAAUCAGUAUGCCAGCUUCAUCAAGACGACCACAGUCGAGAUCAACGCAACUACAAAGGUUAUCCAGACUGAAGUGUCUGGCUUAGUCGAAGGAGAGCGCAAGCGGACUCUGGACGACACUCGCAAGAAGUACCUGAGCACGAUCAAAACCACGCUUGGUCUAAAGGACGAGCACAUCGUGACAGUGACAGACGCCCGGGAGAGAAUGUGGAAGAGCUCCGUGAAGGACAGCGGCAAAUGGCUGAACGACGUUGAUGCAUACAAGCAAUGGAUUGACAGAGACAGCACAGCGGACCCUUUCCUGGUGCUGACUGGGGACCCAGGAACAGGCAAGUCGUACAUGGUCUCUGCCAUUGCCAAAGAGAUCAAGUCCAGCAACUCUGCGAUCAGGGCUGAGCAGAACCUGGUUGGCUACUACUCGUUCUCGAUCGGUGGGAAGAGCGACAGUGACAGCCAGCGACCAGAGACAGCGAUCAAGUCCAUUUGCGUGCAGCUGGCAGAACAGGGCCAUGUCUAUGCAAAGCAUGUGGCCGGUGCGUGCAGCGAGUCUGGCAAAGAUGAGAAGUACUUUCGAGAUGCCAGCUGUCCGGAGCUCUGGAAGACGUUGGGCAUGGGCUCUCCGGCCAAGAACACAACGCAUUACAUUUUUCUGGACUCUGUCAGUGAAAGUACCCUUCAAGCGAGAGAGCUUGAUCGACUGGUGGAAGCCAUCCAACAGGGAUAUAUCACCGACUCCGAAGAUCGAAAACCCAGUCGAGUCCGCAUCCUCGUCAGCGUGGACCCCCCAGUGCUGGAGAAGAGCAAGCUAAGCUCAGCUUCGACCCAGUGCAUUGACAUUACACAGUACAACCACGAUGACAUCCAAGCCUUCAUCGUGGAAGAGCUCACGAAAGCUGAUCUGUUCCAGGGAACCGACGAGGACUCCCAGCGGCGCAGAAAGAUGACCGAGGAGCGGCUGAUGAAGCGGUCCAACAACUGCUACACCGCAGUCAAGCAGGAUCUGAGCAAGAUCAAAGAGAUCAUUGCCUCGGGUGGUACAGAGGACGAGCUGAAACGAGUGCUGCAGGACGCCAGCUCGGACCCGACGGACCUGGUACGGUCUGAUAUUGAGGCACUCGAAGCCGUUCUCAAGCCAAGGGAGAUCGAAGAGAUCAACGAGCUGUUGAUCUGGACAGUCGUUGGCAGUGGAGCGUUUGAGCUCGAGGAACUGGCGGCCGCCCUGUUCCUUCGCUUCAACACCGUCUCCCUCCAACCGCUGGCAAAGAAGGUCACUGGCAAAUAUUCCAAGGUCUUUAUGCUGGCUUACGGGGACGAAUACAUGACGCUUAGAGAUCACAUCGAAGACUGCGUUGUGGCCAAACGCGACAAGGCCAGGCAUUCCCCUGACGAGCCCAAAAUCACCGCGACCAUCAGCAUCACAAAUGGAAAUAUCAGCUCGGUCCAGCGCUUUUUCUGGGCAUUGAACGACUAUUCCUUCCUUGAAAGAUUUGCCUUCCAGCCCGAGCCAGACAUCGCCAACACCGGCACUAGGAAGAUCCAGCUGUACAAAGUGGAUGCCCAUUUUGAGAUUGUCAAACGGGCAUUUAACUUCUUCCUUGUACCCGAGAAGGAUGAAAGAAGCAAGGCUCUAGGAAGGUAUCUGAUGGGAUACAUCACGGACCAUCUCAGGGCGUUGCACGAAGCCACCGGUCUGGACGAACUCUUACCAGCCGAGAAACAAACUGGGAGUUCCGUCGUUGGGUUUCGUGGCACGAGAGCCAUGACGAAAUGGAGAUUUUCUGGAAAUGGCUGGAUGACCCUGUGGCCGUUGCGCGCCUGGGAGUUCGCGAUAGGCGAUGGCUGGCGGAAAUGA